AUGACCAAACGGAUUCUGGGCGAGAAAUUCAAACAGAAGCUUACACAAGCCAAUUUUACCAAAAGACUGACUGAUACUGCUGGUUAUUCCGACAUGCAUGAUAUUUCCUCAAGCAAGCGGAUCAUGGUACAGCGGGGAAAGACAGUGUUUGCCGCAAGACACAUUAUUGAGAACCAAAAAGAGAAACAACUUACCAGUAAAAAAAGGAUUCUUACAAAUGAACAAAUGCAGCACAACUGGGCAAUAGAAUAUGAAGUACUCCCGAGCCGCCACGGGGAUUGUUGGGCUUUGCCAUCAGGACCAAUGAAGCCCAGACUUGUGAAUGGAAGCAGUCCUUGUGCGGGCAGGCUAGAAAUUUACGAGAAUGGAACUUGGAGGACAGUCUGCGGUCAUGAGACCUGGUCCAUAUCGACUGUUCACGAUGUUUGUAAGGAACUGGGAUGUGGUUUUGGAAAAGCAAUGUCGUUUGCUGUUCACUUUGGAAAAGGAACAGGACCAGUUAUUGGUCCGCCUGGGUGCGGACACGAGCGGGACAUUGAAGUCAUCUGUUCAGGACACAAGGACCUCAGACUCGAAUCUGGGGCGAGUCGCUGUUCCGGACGUGUCGAAAUCCAGCAGGGAAACACAUGGGGGACGCUCUGUGAUGCCCACUUUGAUUUUGAAGAAGCCGCUGUUAUCUGUGAACACCUUCAGUGCGGGACGGUGGCCGAAAUCUUGGGUGGAGCUCACUAUGGUAAUGGUACAGGUCCAAUGUGGAAGCAGAAGUACAUGUGCCAGGGGAACGAGUCCCGAUUAUGGGAUUGUCCUGUAUCGUCCUGGGCUCAGUUCAUCUGUUCAGAUGGAAGUAACGCCGGUGUCAUUUGCUCAGAUGGACGUUUGAUUCCGAGACUGACAAAUGGGACAGGCCGCUGUGAUGGGACAGUGGAGAUAUUUUACAACCAUAGCUGGGUCAAAGUGCAAGAAAAUAAUUGGGACCUCAAAGAAGCCAACGUGGUGUGCAGGGAGCUAGGCUGCGGCUAUGCUCUAUCUGUGUAUAAUUCUUCAAAUUACCGACAGAGUGAAGGGUCCAUGUGGGUGAACGAUGUCCACUGUAACGGAAAUGAGUCGCAGCUCUUGAACUGCAGAAUAAUGACAUUUACAUCAUCUCCCAAUGAAAGCAUCGGCGUCGGGGUCCUGUGUUCCGAUAAUUUGAAGUUACGGCUGGCCGACGGCGGAAGUUCAUGUGCAGGACGAGUGGAGAUAUAUUAUGCUGGAUCUUGGGGUUCAGUUUGUGGCGAUUCCUGGGAUAUGGCUGACGCUGAUGUGGUUUGCAGACAAUUGGGUUGUGGGCAUGUUUUGAAGACGAAUAUGGCUGGUGAUUGUGGAAAAAGGUCAGGCCCAAUUUGGCUGGAUGAAGUGAACUGUUCAGGAAACGAAUCUUUUAUCUGGCAGUGUCCCUCAGCACCCUGGGGUAAACACGAUUGUGCUCACAAAGAGGAUGUGAUGGUUAUGUGUUCAGGUAAAGGGCACAAAGACUUACGAUUAGUGAACGGAAAGCAUCGCUGUGAGGGAAGAGUGGAGGUAUUUUACAAUGGGUCCUGGGGAACAGUGUGCUCGGAAUCAUUGGACUCAAUUGAUGCGGACGUUAUCUGUAAGCAGAUGCGUUGCGGUCCACAUGAAAGGAUUCAAUAUGAUGUUCAGGAAUUUGGAGCAGGAUCGGGAGAUAUUUGGCUCGAUGAUGUGACAUGUACUUCACACGAGUUAACGCUUUGGCAGUGUCAGUCAAGCCCGUGGGGUGAACACAGCUGUCAGCAUUCGGAAGAUGCGGGUGUUAUUUGUUCAGAAGCAAAAUUGCCAGAGGGACACUUCAUUUCAACGGACUGCUUUCGAGAAUCUGGCACUGUGCCCAGGAAUUCGUCAGAAUCCGGACAACAGAUUCGUCUUGUGAAAGGUAACACCGAAUGCUCAGGGAGGGUUGAGAUAUUACGGAAUAACAGCUGGAACACCGUGUGCGAUGACUCCUGGGAUAUGUCCGAUGCUCAUGUUGUCUGCAGGCAGUUGGGUUGCGGCCCCGCUCUAUCGGCUCCGGGAGGUGGCGCCUUUGGGCAGGGUGACGGUGUGAUCUGGCUGAAUAAGUUGAAAUGCACGGGAAGUGAAUCUUUUCUUUCCGACUGUCCUUCCUCGCCGCCAGGUCUGCAUGACUGUGACCACAAGGAAGAUGCCAGUGUGAUUUGUUCAUCACAUUUUGGACGAACUGCUCUCUCCAUCCCUGAUAUUAUCUGCUUUGUACUCGGGCUUCUUCUCGUCUGUGGAUUGUUCGCAUUGACCAUGGUAACCUUGAGAAAGUCAGCAGCAGAUGGAAGUUUGAUUCCGAGACUGAUUAAUGGGACAAGCCGCUUUGACGGGACAGUGGAAAUAUUUCAAAAAACAUACCUGAAUAAGAAUGCAGCGAAAAGAUUGGGACAAUAUUUGAGGUUACGGCUACCCGACGGUGGAUGUCCAUGUGUGGAACGAGUGGCGGUGCAUUAUGCGGGAGCUCAGGGUUCAGUUUGCGGUGAUUCUUGGGAUAUGGUUGAUGCUGAUGUGGUUUGCAAGCAACCAGAUUUAAUAGAGAAGAUCAGACUGGUGAAUGGGGGCAGUCUAUGUGCUGGAAGACUGGAGAUUCAAGACAACGGGCAGUGGGGAACUGUGACACAUUUUGUCUGGCAAGGGGUAGACGCAUUUCUGCUCUGUAAAGCACAGGGUUGCGGUCCUGCGCUGGUUACACCGGACGGGAAUUACUUUGGGAAUGGGUCGUUAUCAACUAUGCUUACGGCAAGCAUUCCUGAUGGCUUUUUCGGAACAGACCACUCUAAUGCCGGAAUUAUCUGUGCAGGACCUGAAAAACCCAAACUGGUGAACGGAAGCAGUCCUUGUGGGGGUAGGCUGGAGAUUUACGAGAAUGGAACCUGGAGGACAGUUUGCGGUCAUGAGUCCUGGCCCAUAUCCACUGCUCACAUUGUUUGUAAGGAACUAGGCUGUGGCACUGGAAUCGCAAUUUCGCUUUCGGCUCAAUUCGGAAAAGGUUCAGCGCCAAUUAUUGGUCCGCCUGGGUGUGAACACGAGCGGAACCUUGAAGUCGUUUGUUCAGGCCACAAGAACCUGCGACUCGAAGGUGGGGAGAUUCGGUGUUCCGGACGUGUCGAAAUUCUGCAGGGAGGUACAUGGGGAACACUCUGCGAUGCCUACUUUGAUUUAGAAGACGCCGCUGUUGCCUAUGAACAUCUUCAAUGCGGGCCAGUAACAGAAAUCAAAGGAGGAGCUCACUUUGGGAAAGGAACCGGCCCAAUGUGGAAGCAGAAGUACCUGUGCCAGGGGAACGAAUCCCGAUUGUGGGAUUGUCCUAUUUCAUCCUGGGAGAAGUUCAGCUGCACAGAUGGAAGUGCCGUCAGUGUCAUAUGCUCAACAGAUGGAAGUUGGAUACCGAGACUGACCAACGGGGGAAGUCGCUGUGACAGAACAGUGGAGAUAUAUCACAAUCGUAGUUGGGAAAGGGUGCGGGACAAUCUUUGGGAUCUUAAUGACGCUAGUGUAGUCUGCAGGGAACCGGGCUGCGGCGAUGCAAUAUCUGCGUACAAUUCUGCAAUGUACGGAGAAAAUGAAGGUCCCCUGUUGGUGAAUGGCGUUCACUGCAAUGGAAACGAGUCGCAGCUCCGGAACAGCGGUUUAACGAUAUUUACAUCGUCUCCCAGUGACAGCAGUGGCGUUGCUGUCCUGUGUUCGGAACAUCUGAAAUUACGGUUAGCCGAGGGUGGAAGUCCGUGUGCGGGACGAGUGGAGGUCUAUUACGCUGGAACUUGGGGCGCAGUUUGCGAUGAUUCCUGGGAUAUGGCUGACGCUAAUGUGGUUUGCAGACAAUUGGGUUGCGGGAAUGUUUUGAAGUGGAGUCUUACUGGUGAGUGUGGACAAAGCUCGGGCCCAAUCUGGUUGGAUGAAAUGAACUGUUCGGGGAAUGAAUCUUUGCUCUGGGAAUGUCCCUCAGCACCUUGGGGUGAGCACGACUGCAUUCACAAAGAGGACGUGAUGGUUAUGUGUUCAGAGCACAAAGAGAUACGGCUGGUGAAUGGAAAACAUCGCUGUGAGGGCAGAGUGGAAGUGUUCUAUAAUGGGUCCUGGGGUACAGUGUACGCUGAAACGCUGGAGCCAACUGAUGCAGAAGUGACCUGUAAGCAGAUGCACUGUGGUCCACUCCAAAGAAUUUCAUAUAAUACUCAGGAAUUCGGAGCAGGUUCGGGACUUAUUUGGCUUGAUGAAGUGGCAUGUACUUCACACGAGGUAACUCUUUGGGAGUGUCAGUCAAACCCGUGGGGUGAACACAAUUGUCAGCACCGGGAGGAUGCAGCUGUGAGUUGUUCAGAACCUGCGAAACAGAUUCGCCUUCUUGGAGGUAACGCCACAUGCUCAGGGAGGGUGGACGUAUUUUUCAAUAAUAUAUGGAACACCGUGUGUGAUGAUUCCUGGGAUAUGGCCGAUGUUCAUGUUGUAUGCAAGCAGUUGGGCUGCGGCACUGCACUAUCCGCUCCGGGAGGCGCUAUCUUUGGCCAGGGUGACGGUGAGAUCUGGCUGGAUGAGUUGAUGUGCACAGGAAGUGAAUCUUUUCUUUCUGACUGUACUUCCGCGCCGCCAGGUCAGCAUGACUGUGAUCACAAGGAAGAUGCCAAUGCGAUUUGUUCCGGCAUUGUCACUGGCCGAUGGGUUUCCCGUGCUGACUUGCAACAAGCCGUUUAUGAAGAGAUUAAAGAUAUUCCUCAAGGAGAACAUCUUAUUCAGCCAUAA